ACCUAAAUAGAUUGACAUCAAGUCACAGAACAAAAUAUAAACACUUUUAGCGUCACUUUAAUAUGAUAUAAUAAUAAUACGACUUAGUUGAUCCGAUAUGGCGAAUUCUUCGCAGAAUAUGCCCAUUUCCCAGAUCCUCAAGUCCAAGGCGGAAUUCGAGGAUGAGCCGAAGAAAAAGUCUAGGGAGGACUGGAGAAAAGCAAAGGAGUUAGAGGAGGCGAGAAAAGCGGGUACCGCACCCGCCGCAGUCGACGAAGAAGGUAAAGACAUCAACCCGCACAUUCCCCAGUACAUUUCCACAGCUCCGUGGUAUUAUGGAACAAGUGGCCCUACUCUCAAACAUCAGCGGCCUCAGGAAGAGAAACAGAAGCAGUAUAGUGAGAUUGAUGAGUGGUACAAAAGAGGUGUGGACACUAGUAAAGUUGUUAUAAAAUACAGAAAGGGAGCAUGUGAAAACUGUGGUGCCAUAACACAUAAAAAGAAGGAUUGCAUGGAAAGGCCGAGAAAGGUUGGAGCCAAAUAUUCAGGUGCCUGCAUUGCUGCCGAUGAGUUCAUACAAAAGAAUUUGGCUUUAAGCUUUGAUGGAAAAAGAGACAGAUGGAGUGGGUACGAUCCCUCUGAACAUAAGUCAGUUAUUGAAGAGUUCCAGAAGGUAGAAGAUGCUAAAAGACAACUGAAAGCUGAUAAACUAAAUGCAAAUGAAGAUAGUGACGAAGAAGUAGAUAAAGAUGAGGACAAAUAUGUAGAUGAAGUUGAUAUGCCUGGUACAAAAGUAGACAGUAAACAAAGAAUUACUGUCAGAAAUUUAAGGAUAAGAGAAGACACUGCUAAAUACUUGAGAAAUUUGGAUCCAAAUUCAGCUUAUUAUGAUCCAAAAACGCGUUCUAUGAGAGAAAAUCCGAAUCCAAGCAAGGAUGACACAUAUGCAGGGGAAAAUUUUGUUCGUUUUACAGGUGAUACAACAAAACAUGCUACAGCUCAAUUGUUUGCCUGGGAAGCAUAUGAGAAAGGUGUUGAUGUCCAUCUUCUUGCUGAGCCUACUAAAUUGGAGUUGUUACAAAAGGAAUAUGAACAGAAGAAAGAUCAGUUUAAAGGCAAAAUACAAGAUAACAUCUUAGAAAAAUAUGGGGGUGAGGAACACUUACAGGCGCCACCAAAAACUUUACUAUUGGCUCAGACUGAGGAUUACAUAGAAUAUUCAAGGUCUGGAAAAAUUAUCAAAGGUGAAGAAAAACAAAUUAUUAAAUCCAAAUAUGAGGAAGAUGUGUAUAUUAAUAAUCACACCUCUGUUUGGGGUUCAUUUUGGAAGGCUGGACAUUGGGGGUAUAAGUGUUGCCACUCUUUUAUAAAGAACUCCUACUGUCUUGGAGAAAGUGGUAAGAAUGAAAACACAGUUCCUCCACCUGUGGAAAAUACUGAGACAAAUGUGGAAAAGAAGGCUUCCUCAUCUGAAAAUGAAUCCAGUUCUAGUUCCAGUGAUGAUGAGGAAAAGCAAAAGAAAGAAAGGAAAAAGAAGAAAAAGAACAAAAAGAAAAAGCAGAAAGAAAAAAAUAAAAAGAAAAAUAAGGAAGCAAAGGAUAAACUGAAAGAAGCAUUAAAAGCUGAAGAAGAUAGGCGAGAAGAAGCUGAGAGGAUACUUGCUAUGGAUGAAAGGAAGCGACCUUAUAAUAGUAUGUUUGAGGCUAAACAGCCAACAGAAGAAGAAAUGGAGGCAUACUAUUUAAAACGGAGAAGGGAAGAAGAUCCUAUGAAUCAGUUUAUGUAA